AUGAAAUUAACGCAGAUUUUAUUUCGCCGUAAUAGGCUCCCAAAUGGACAUAUUUUCCGAGGGAAAGAUCGUUUAGUAAAAAAGGUGGAACCUAAACAUAUUCGAAACUUGCAACAAAAUUUCGCUGUAGAAGAGCAAAACAUGUUCUACUUACGACAUCCGUACCUUACUGAGGCUGAAAGCCAUGGACACUCAAAAGCUUUAGGUAAACAAGAAAUAAGGCAGAAAAAGUUUCAGAGUAUUUCAGCAAGAUAUUUCAAAGAAGAUGUUACAUUAUUUGAAAGGCUACAGCAUCUUCGCGUUAAAGAAAGCUGGGAUAAU